UUUAUUUGUUGUUUUCUCAACUGAUCUUGUUCUUACUAAAUCCUGAGAUCCAAUUUUUUACAUUGUAGAAUUAGUUAUGGACACAAGAGGAGAUAGUUUGAAAGCUUCAUGCGCUCCAGCUACCCCAGGGAAGCCACAGCUGUGUCAAGAAACUACCGGGGUCUCUGUCCUUAGUGAAACCGGGCAGUUUCCUAAAUCAGCUUCCUGCGGUAGUUUGAGAAGUUCACCUGAAGCAAUCAAUAAAUUUAGUGGUCCUACAGAAACUUCAGCGCGGGGCUUCUCCUUGCAUUCUGUUGACAAAAACAUGCCCUUUUGUGAACUGCUAGCACUUGUAAAUCCAGGGGGUGCCGAGAAAAUAGCUUCUGUGUCAAACAGCUUUGUAGGUUCUACAGUACCUGCAACUCAGAUUGAAGAUGAAGAAUCAAAACAAGGGCAUGAAAAAACUUGUCAACCAAAAGAGGACAAACAACUUGUAAACAACACGGAAGGAGUUGUCCAGCAAAGUGAACAUUCAAGUGAUGCUGUAUCCAAACAGGUGCCAGAGCACAGCAACCCUGGACAAGGGAGCGACGUAAGUUUGGGUAGAGCUACACCAGCACAAAAAAAACCAAGGAGAAAGAGAUACAUGCCCAAAGUAGUGAGGGAAGGUCAGACUAAAAGAACCCCAAAUGUAAAGACUCAAAAACCUGUUAACCCCAAUGAUGCCUCGACACUCAAGAGAAAAUGCAUACAAAAGAAAGAAACUAGCAUUCCACCGAAUAUUGACUUUGUGGAUUUAACCGAAACAGAUGAAGAUGCUCCUUCAAAAACUCCAACCAACUUAACCAGAAACAUUCACCCAGAUACUCCCUCUACCACCUCGCUCAGCAGUAAGCCAAAGACAGCUUCCCGUCCCCGUAAACUCUGCAAGAGAUCGUUGAAUUUUGAUAUUUCUUCACAAGUGGGGGAAAUAAAAUCUUCAUGCGACCCUGCUGCAGAAUCUGAUUUGAAAUCACAAGCACAAGGUUCUUAUACAGAAAUUCAGUCAACUCUGCAGCUCGGGCAUGGACCAGAAGCAACUGCGGGGAAAAGCCAAGUUGAGCAUAUAUCCGAUGUUCAAAGCGGUAGUACAAGAGAUCCAUUUUGCCCACAGGUAACAAGGAAACUAGAAGGAAGCGAGCAAGGGGCUCUUCUACUAGAGUAA